CAUUUCCUUUUCCUUUCUUUUCUUUUUCAAAUUAGUUUACAGAGAGACCCAGUAAAGAAUAGAAGACCGAAGAUUCCGAUGAGGAUCAGUAGCAGUCCGGACAUCCGUCAACUUUUCCGCUGAAUCGCCGAAUAAAGCAACAACUCGCAACUUUUCGAUUCGCAGAGAGUAACGAAUCCCUGCCGUGCCCUACAAAGAGUUUAAAAAUGGGACGUCUGAAGCUGCAAGCUGGUAUCAAUGCAAUAGAGGAGGAGGAACCUGAGGAAUGUGAUGCUGCCUACCCUAACAAAACAACUUUGGCAUGCAUGAUCAAUUCAGAAAUUGGUGCUGUUUUGGCCGUGAUGAGGAGAAAUGUCAGAUGGGGAGGCCGUUACAUGUCAGGUGAUGAUCAGCUGGAGCACUCUCUCAUUCAGUCUUUCAAGACAGUGAGAAGACAAAUCUUUUCAUGGCAUCACCAUCAGUGGCAAGCUAUCAACCCAGCCUUGUAUUUACAGCCAUUUUUAGAUGUAAUUAGGUCUGAUGAAACUGGUGCCCCAAUUACUGGUGUUGCUUUGUCAUCUGUUUACAAGAUCUUGACUCUUGAUGUGAUCGAUCAAAAUACUGUCAAUGUUGAGGAUGCCAUGCAUUUGGUGGUUGAUGCUGUCACUAGCUGCAGAUUUGAGGUCACUGAUCCUUCUUCAGAAGAAGUUGUUUUAAUGAAGAUACUACAAGUUCUCCUAGCUUGUAUGAAAAGUAAAGCAUCUAUAAUGCUGAGUAACCAACAUGUUUGCACCAUAGUGAAUACUUGUUUCCGGAUUGUUCAUCAAGCAGGAAGUAAAGGCGAGUUGUUGCAGCAGAUAGCACGAUAUACAAUGCAUGAACUUGUAAGGUGUAUUUUCUCUCACCUUCAAGAUGUUGGCAAUACUGAUCAUGCACUGGUUAAUGGGAGCACUAACUUGAAACAGGAGACUGGAGGCCUAGAUAAUGACUAUGCAUUUGGAAGUAGACAAUUGGAGAAUGGAAGUAUUAGUUCUGAAUAUGAUAAUCAAUCAUCAUCUACAAACUCUGCUCCCAAUGUUUCAAGUGUUGUGAAAGCAACUGUGAUGGAUGAAAACACAGCAAUAACUAUUAGUUGCAAGGAUGGUGUACCAUAUGACAUGCAUCUGAUGACUGAACCGUAUGGUGUUCCUUGCAUGGUGGAAAUAUUUCACUUUUUGUGUUCUUUGCUGAAUGUUGUUGAGCAUACGGGUAUGGGUCCUAGAUCAAACACACUAGCAUUUGAUGAAGAUGUGCCUCUCUUUGCCUUAACUCUUAUUAAUUCAGCAAUAGAACUUGGAGGACCUUCUAUUUGUCGUCACCCAAGGUUGCUGAGCUUAAUUCAGGAUGAAUUGUUCCAUAAUCUGAUGCAAUUUGGUUUGUCAAUGAGCCCCCUUAUACUUUCAAUGGUUUGUAGCAUUGUUCUCAAUCUGUAUCAUCAUCUUCGUACAGAGCUCAAAUUACAGCUAGAAGCAUUUUUUUCUUGUGUCAUUUUAAGACUUGCACAAAGCAGAUAUGGAGCUUCAUACCAGCAGCAAGAGGUAGCCAUGGAGGCUCUUGUUGACUUUUGCAGGCAAAAGACAUUUAUGGUAGAUAUGUAUGCUAACUUUGACUGUGACAUAACUUGCAGUAAUGUCUUUGAAGACCUUGCUAAUUUGUUGUCUAAAAGUGCAUUUCCUGUGAAUUGUCCAUUGUCUGCCAUGCAUAUUCUUGCUUUGGAUGGUCUUAUUGCUGUUAUACAGGGAAUGGCUGAAAGGAUAGCCAAUGGAUCUGUAAGCUCUGAAUAUUCUCCAGUGAAUCUUGAAGAGUAUACUCCAUUCUGGAUGGUUAAAUGUGAGAAUUAUAACGAUCCAAAUCAUUGGGUGCCUUUUGUCCGCCGCAGAAAGUACAUAAAGAGAAGAUUGAUGAUUGGUGCUGACCACUUUAAUCGUGAUCCUAAGAAAGGUCUGGAGUUUCUCCAAGGAACACAUCUUUUGCCUGACAAACUUGAUCCUCAAAGUGUUGCCUGCUUUUUCAGAUACACUGCUGGGUUGGAUAAGAAUCUUGUUGGUGAUUUCCUUGGAAAUCAUGAUGAAUUCUGUGUUCAGGUGCUUCAUGAAUUUGCUGGAACGUUUGAUUUCCAAGACAUGAACUUAGACACUGCUCUGCGUCUAUUCUUGGAGACAUUCAGAUUGCCGGGAGAAUCACAAAAAAUACAUAGGGUGCUUGAAGCUUUCUCUGAGAGAUAUUAUGAACAAUCACCACAUAUCCUUGCUAACAAGGAUGCUGCUCUUGUUUUGUCAUACUCAAUGAUAAUGCUUAAUACAGAUCAACACAAUGUUCAAGUUAAAAAGAAGAUGACAGAAGAGGAUUUUAUUCGGAAUAAUAGGCUUAUAAAUGGUGGCAACGAUCUGCCUCGAGAAAUGCUGUCAGAGAUUUACCAUUCAAUUUGUAAGAAUGAGAUUCGCACAACCCCUGAACAAGGUGUUGGUUUUCCUGAAAUGACACCAAGUCGAUGGAUUGACCUAAUGCAUAAGUCCAAAAAAACUGCUCCAUUUAUUGUAUCUGAUUCUAAGGCCUACCUUGAUCAUGAUAUGUUUGCCAUAAUGUCAGGCCCAACAAUUGCUGCCAUCUCUGUGGUAUUUGAUCAUGCUGAACAGGAGGAGGUAUACCAAACAUGUAUGGAUGGAUUUUUGGCUAUUGCUAAAAUUUCAGCUUGCCAUCAUCUUGAAGAUGUUCUUGAUGAUUUGGUAGUGUCUCUUUGUAAGUUCACUACACUUUUAAACCCGUCAUCAGUUGAGGAACCAGUCCUAGCCUUUGGAGAUGACAUGAAAGCUAGAAUGGCAACUGUGACAGUUUUCACUAUAGCAAACAGAUAUGGUGAUUACAUCCGCACAGGUUGGAGAAAUAUUCUUGAUUGCAUCUUAAGACUGCACAAGCUUGGUCUUCUUCCUGCACGUGUUGCCAGUGAUGCAGCUGAUGAAUCAGAGCUUUCUGCUGAAACUGUUCAUGGUAAACCUAUUAUGAAUUCUUUAUCCUCAGCUCAUAUGCAAUCUAUUGGCACUCCAAGGAGAUCCUCAGGAUUGAUGGGUAGGUUUAGUCAACUCUUAUCUCUUGAUACUGAGGAACCAAGAUCACAACCUACUGAACAACAACUUGCUGCUCAUCAACGCACCCUACAAACCAUACAGAAAUGUCAUAUUGACAGCAUAUUCACUGAGAGUAAGUUUCUGCAAGCUGAAUCUUUAUUGCAGCUAGCAAGAGCACUCGUUUGGGCUGCAGGGAGACCUCAAAAAGGGAGCAGCACACCUGAGGAUGAAGAUACAGCAGUUUUCUGCCUGGAGUUGCUGAUUGCAAUUACUUUGAAUAACAGGGAUAGAAUUGGGAUUCUUUGGCAUGGUGUGUAUGAACACAUAUCCAACAUUGUUCAGUCAACUCUAAUGCCCUGUGCCCUGGUAGAGAAGGCUGUUUUUGGACUAUUACGAAUUUGCCAGCGGUUGCUUCCCUACAAGGAGAACAUUGCUGAUGAACUUCUAAGGUCAUUGCAACUUGUCUUGAAGCUUGAUGCCCGGGUUGCCGAUGCAUACUGUGAGCAGAUUACUCAAGAAGUCAGUCGCCUUGUAAAGGCAAAUGCUUCUCACAUAAGAUCUCAGCUAGGAUGGCGUACAAUUACAUCACUACUUUCCAUCACAGCUAGACACAUAGAAGCAUCUGAAGCUGGGUUUGAUGCACUAUUGUUCAUAAUGUCUGACGGUGCCCACUUGCUUCCUGCUAAUUAUGUUCUCUGUGUAGAUACUGCCAGGCAGUUUGCCGAGUCUCGUGUUGGACAAGCAGAGCGUUCUGUGCGGGCACUAGAUCUCAUGGCAGGGUCUGUCAAUUGCUUGGCACGGUGGACCAGUGAGGCUAAGGAAUCAAUGGAGGAGGAACAAGUGUCUAAGUUAUCCCAGGAUAUUGGAGAGAUGUGGUUGAGACUAGUACAAGGUCUUAGGAAGGUGUGUUUAGACCAGAGACAGGAGGUUAGAAAUCAUGCUUUAUUAUCUCUGCAGAAGUGCUUGACUGGGGCUGAUGACAUUUAUCUACCAUAUAGCAUGUGGUUACAAUGUUUUGAUCUUGUGAUCUUCACUGUACUUGAUGACCUGCUUGAGAUUGCACAGGGACACUCUCAAAAGGAUUAUCGCAAUAUGGAAGGCACCCUUAUCUUAGCAAUGAAGCUCUUGUUCAAAGUUUUUCUUCAAUUACUCCCAGAAUUAUCACAAUUAACAACCUUCUGUAAGCUAUGGUUGGGUGUACUGAGCAGAAUGGAAAAAUAUAUGAAGGUGAAGGUUAGGGGGAAAAGAAGUGAGAAGCUUCAAGAGACGGUACCUGAGCUGCUUAAAAACUCCUUGCUUGUUAUGAAGAUGAGGGGUAUACUAGCGCAGAGGAGUGCCUUGGGCGGUGAUAGUCUGUGGGAACUAACAUGGCUACACGUGAAUAACAUUUCACCGUCACUGCAGCUUGAGGUAUUCCCUGAGCAGGAUUCUGAGCAUUUGCCGCACAAACAGGGUGAACCAAUAGGGGGUUUGGUCACUGAUGAUAAGGGUUCUGUUCCUUCAAGUGAAACAGCAAGCCGGGAAGAUGCUGGCGUUGUUGGUUAAUUAGUUGCUAUGUUGCUGCUACCUGAAUCGGUCUUGCUGUUUAUAGUUAUACACACGUUCCCUGACCUCAAGAUACUGAUUGUGCAGAAUUUGUGGAUCACACACGCAUCCUAAUUUUGUUUUGCAACUGAUAGAUGCAGAAGUAUUACACGAGGGGAAGUAUAGUUCUCAGGCAAGGACGUGCAUGUUGAUAUAGUGAAAUCUGUCACCUCUGUCAGUUGCCAUUUGCCCUUUCUCGUUCCCCAUGGAAGCUUCUUGUUCCAGUAAUUUAGAUGAAAUAUAUUGUAGCUUGAGAUAGAUUUCUACCCUUCAGCGGGGUACUGUAUGGCUUCCCUUUCUACCCAUGGAGCUGCGACGGGGAUAGUAAAGCCUAAUUUCCUUACUUUUAUGCAAAACCUCCACUCGCUCUUACUGCAGCAUGCAUAUAAUGGAUAUGACAUCAGAUAGUUCUGAUUUUGCAGGCUGAUUGUCUGUGUGAUAAACCUUGAAUCGUUUAUGCGUGGAAUCAGAUAUAUUAAUGUUUUGCGCCUUUGUAUUUAGUAUUUACAUCUUGGUAUUCACCUUCUUCCCUGAGCCAAAAUAUCGGUCCUUGACUUUAGGCUUGCACACAGACUAGCAUCUUUCCUUCCUAGUUCCCAUGUAAUUGGAUGUUAAACAAUGGACCAAAGACAGUGUUAUUCCUAACAGAGUUACAGAUAUAUAUUAUAUAUGCUUGAGUGAUUUCAGAA